AUGGAUGACGCGCCAGCAGGAUUUUCGUCUGCAUCGAGGAGUCGGCUGUCUCGGGCGUCUUCCUCUCGUGAGAAGGAGGUACGUGAGGAGGAGGAGUUGGGACUUGAGGAGGAGGAGAUACCUGAUGUUCACCCUGAGCACGACAAGGAUGAUGCGGAGGAAGAGGGCUACGCGGGAGGGCCUUCAGGAACAUCCGUGUUGAUCCACUAUCAUGACCAUGUCGCUCGACGAGUUUGGGAGGGCGAGGAACGGGCGACCAUAAAAUCCGUGAACCAUGCGCGAAAAAUAUUUGAUUUGUUUAAACCACAGGCUCAGUGGUUUGAUGACGUUGUAGCUGGUUUUGGGCUUGGUGGGUUAUGCAUGACCGGAUAUAGUACCAUCAGCUACGACAUGAAGGGGGCAUUUGCUGAAAGGUGGCACAAGGAAACUUCGUCUUUCCACCUUCCUAUUGGGGAGUUGACAAUCACCCUACAUGAGGUGACCUGUCUUCUCCACCUGCCGAUCAGAGGAAGGUUAUUGGACCAUUCUCGGAUACAGAGGGUUGAGGCCAAAUAG